UGUAUCUGCCAUCAUGGAACGUUUCCUUGGCGACGUUUAGACAAUUUUUGAAAAAUCUUCGAAAAUGUGAAAUAAAAAAAGAUUAAAAAUGGCCAAAAGAGAACCAUUUCAACCAAAGGUAAAAGACUGCUCUUGCAUUUUGAUUCUUUGGAGUAUAUUAACAACGAUAUUUUAUAUUCCUAGGCCCGGCAAAGCAGCUGGAAACAGGCUCAGAGAAAACCCUUGUUAGUACCACAGUGUUAAACUUUGUUUAUAAAUAAUUUAAAUAUCAAAUUGUACGAGGAAUUCAUGCGAAUGCCAAUUUAAAAUCAUACAUAUUCUAUCAAAGGUCAUGAGUACAUACUGAAUUACAGGCCAUCAAAAGCAUAUCAUGACCUAUCAUCAAGUACUUGAUGAAAUGCAUUUGACAGCAAAUGUUGCUACUCAGAUACAAUAGUCUGCAAGGCAUGCAGCACAGAACAGAUUGACACAGAAGACAGACUCAGCCAAAAAAGGAUACCUGCCACAUCAUGACUCACAAUGAUCCAUCAUCAAAAUGUUCUCGCCAUGUUCGUAGCCAGUGCGGUUAUGAGAGGCAUUCACCCCCUGAAUGUCCGCCAUGUUUAAAAAAUUGAAAUUCACCCCCUGAAUGUCCGCCGUCAAAAAAUUUUCGGUCAGUGUACCAUUUUAGGAGUAAAAAAUUUUUUCCGGACCUAUCGCAUUUUUCGCGACAUUAAAAUUUUUUCAGAUAUCACAAAUUUUCUCCUUUUGUCAAAGAACUUUUUCCAAAAUUCUGAACAUUUUUUGGAUUUUCUAAAAUUUUUGUAAAUAAUAUAAGAUUUCGUUUAAUAUUUAAAUAGUUCCUUUGACCAACUUUUCAAAAAUUUUGACCAACUUUUCAAAAAUUUUGACCAACUUUUCAAAGUUCAGAAUUAUUGGGGGGGGGGGGGGGGGGGUGUCGCACCCCUGCCAAGAAGUCGACCUUCAGUAUAGUUCCUAUUCUGUGCAUGCAGGUUUCAUGGUUUACUCCAGUCUCCAGUAAUUAAUUACCAUGACUGGCCUAGGCUGCAGUGCAGAUCGAUCGAUGUUUGAUGGGGAGCCAUGGCGAGGUGUUCCCCAACCCAGAUAAACACCUGCUCCCAGUGUGAGAGCGCUGCACAUAACAUGAAUAUAUCGAUGUGUUUAAAUCUACUCUUAUAUAGUGACAACAGUCGUACAAUUCGCUUCAAGUGUUCUCUUCAAAAUACAAUUAUUGAUGUUCUUCGUGGCAAAGGAUGGCAAGAAGUAAAAGAAGGGUCAGUGGUUAAUUCACUGAAAUGAAGGAGGCAAUUGAAACUUUUAAAAUAAGGGGUGGACAUAAUAUUUGCAUAUAUAGAUGUUAAAAUUACACUCAAUGCAAAGAUUGGCUUAAAGUGCAGCUAACUGCAAUCUUGUGCGCAGAACCUAACCUGGGAAUGGACAUACUCCGGUUAAUAUCUUGAAUUAACCCAAAAUAUGAUUUUUGGCAUGUGUAAUAUUCAGGUCAUUCUAAGAAGAAAUGUAAUAUAUUUUUAUAGUAAAAAAUCCCAUCUUGAUCAACUUUUUCACUGUCAAAGUUUCCGGAUAUGAUGUCAUUAGAUGAAUUGCAAAUUAGUUUUCCUUUGUUUUUUUUCUCCACAAAUUCAUCUAAAUACCUAGUGACAUCAUAUCCAGAAACUUUGAAUCAUAUCGACAAACUUUGACACUAAAUCAUUAAAUGACAGUGAAAAAGUUGAUAAAGAUGAUUUUUUUACCAUACAUUCUUUGCAAAAUGCCCCAAAUAUUACACAUACCAAAAAUCAUAUUUGGUUUUGGUCACACUUUCAGUUAUCUAAUUUAUACACGUUAUAAGGUUAUUCCGCGUUAAUCACAGACAGCUAUGAAGUCAGCGAUAUGAUUUAAAAUUUUGUGGUGUUGGUUAUGAAUUAGUAAUAAUUUUGAGUAGAACCUAUAAAUGACAUUUUAUAUGCAGUUAUCUACAUUGAAUAGGCAGUAUCAAUAAAAACGCACAACAUCAUAUUUGCAUCUUUUACCACAGUGAAAAUGACUGGGAUAUAUUCUGGUGUGAUGUGGGUUGGAUGAGAGAAAAUUUUGAUCAUUUCUACUUGCAAGAACACGUGAAGCUUUGCCACUUUAGAAAUCAUUACGAAGUAAGAUUAUUGUGGCUAUGACUACAGUUACAGAUAUUUGUUCGCUCUUCAUGUAAUUGGUUCUUGCAAGCCACAAACAAGUAACUAUAAAUCUUAUGUUCUUGACAGCUCACGCGGAAAAAUUUGAUGGUGAAAAAUCUUAAGAGACUACGCAAGCAGAUUGAAAGAGAACAUGGGAAAACAGCAGCUACAAAGUAUCCUAAACUAUAAACUGUAUUUAUACUGGAUCAGGGCCGUAGGAAGCUCUUUUUGAUUAGGGGGAAGCUCUUUUUAAAUUUAGAGUCUCUGAAAUGCCAUUUCCUGGACUUUGGCCUGUUUGGGGAAGAUUUGACAGAAUUCUGAUGGUCAGAAAACAGCGUUGUAUCAUGUCAAAAUUAAUUUAGUUGUACUAAAUGGGCGAAGGCGUAAUUAAUUAACUAUAUUUUGGAUAAGUUUCAGGAAAGUAUGGGUAAUAUCGUCAUUCUCUGCAGUUUUGCAUGGAUUAAAUGAUAAAGGUCUGCAUGAUUUUGAAAAAAGAAUGAUUAUUAGCAAAUUAUUGGGGGGGGGGGGGGGGGGGGGUGCUACGGCCCUGUGGAUAGCUCUAUCAGCUUUAAGCUGUUGCCUUACAAGUCUUCUAUCUGAAACAAUGGAGGAAACUAAAAAAGAGUGAUUACUUGAUUUAACAGGAUGCAUUGCAGAUAGUCUGAUUAACCCAUUGAGUGGCCACACCCUUCCUAUGACGAUUAAAAUAGCCUGGCAUUAGACAGAAUAAAAUAAUAAAGGAUAAAAGAUUAACUGUGUGUCAUCACCUCUGAGUGAAGUUGAACAUCCUCCGAAACCCACCAUCUUUUAUUGAUUCCUUUACUACAAAAUACAGCUGUGAUUUUUACCCAACAUCGUAUGAAUUACCGGUGAGCUAUAUAGACAGGGAACUUUUUAAGUUAAAAGUGGCGGAUCAGGUCACCUAAACUGAUUUCACGAUGAUGGCAGCUUUUAAUUUUUACGAUUCCCAUUCAUCAAAAAUUCAAAGUCGUCAAAAUGAACAACCAAUUACGUCAAUCAAACAAAAGAGAAUCAAACACUGAUCAAAGUUUACUAAAAGACCCAUACCUGGUGGAUUAGUAAGUAUCUCGUAUACCUUGAUGCAUAUAGCCUGAAAAUCCAAUUCUUACACUUUCAGGCAGAAUAUCACAUAUUUGUGGAAGAAUUCAAGAAGAAUCCUGGAAGCGUUUGGAUAAUGAAACCAGUAUGAACCCUGCACUGAAUUGUAUUCAUUCAACUUUUUUAGUUUGUAGUGAAUGGCCCGUUUUGGUGCAUGAUAUUUUUACAUUAGAAUGUUAACAAACUGGUGUUUUCUGCUUUUCAUCUAAUGUAAAUGUGCAGGUUGCAAGAUCUCAGGGGAAAGGAAUAUUUCUAUUCAAGAAAUUAAAGGACAUAAUUGACUGGAGAAAGGUAUUAUUGCAUGUCGAACAUGUUCCUUUGCAUCUUAAAUCAAGGGCUUACAGUAAUUGGUUUUGAGCUGUUGAGUGUUGUGGUGUCCCCGCCUUUUUGUUGUCGUUACCUUUUUGUCCAACCUUGAAACGUGGGAGGCUUGCCGCAUUUGCUGUGUUUCGAUGUUUUGUCUAGGUUUAUGGCAUUGCCAAGUUUUUGAGCAAUUUUCCGUAUUUUCCAAUGUUGGGCUCAUAUUUAUUCAAGCUAUUUUAACUGAAAUGAAUAUAUAUGAUUGUAAAAUUAAACCGUCCUAGGUCAGCGAUCAAGGGUGCAUGUUUUCACUUUCAUGUUGAGACAUAGACAGAGGCGUUGAAGUUUGCACGUUUUGGGGUUGAACAGGAAUAGUUGUGUGUGUUGUUUGAUUGUGUAAUUAUAGGCGAAGCUAAAUAAAUUCUGCAGUCUUUAUCAUUCCCCGUUAUUCUUCUCACAGGAAGACUACUACAGAGUAUCCACGGAUGAAAAGGUCGGUAAAUAAACUGUUUUCUCUUUUCAUUCCAUUUCAAAUCACGGCUUACAAGACUCGUGUACAAUCACAAUGGAUUUCUUCUAGAAAGAUGAAAAAGAACCACCAGAAACGUAUAUAGUUCAGCGAUACAUUGAAAAUCCAUAUUUAAUUGGAGGUAAAAUCUCAAAGAGACACCACCGUUUUUAAUUUAAGACUGCUUUUCAAUAAUUUUUUUAAAAUUUCAUGUUGUAGGAAGAAAGUUUGAUAUUCGAGUUUAUGUCUUGGUUACAAGUGUAAGUUUAGUGGAAAAUUCAUGCCAUGAUACUAUGCACGAGUAUUAAAAUAGGCAUGUACUAAAAUAACUUAGAUUCUUGCACUUCACUUGGUGGAAUUAAUAUUAGGAUGUAGGGUUUGUAAUCCAAGUGAGAAUAUAUACAUUUUAAGACCUAACCAGGAACGACUAACUUAGACCUAACCUAACUCGUUCCUGGUUAGGUCUUAAAAUGUAUAUAUUCUCACUUGGACUACAAACCCUACAUCCUAAUAAUGUACUAAAAUAUGAUGCUUUGUUCUAGUAUAUGCCUUUAAUCGUAUGGUUAUAUCGUGAUGGUUUUGCGCGAUUUUCAAACACUAGAUUUUCACUAGAUUCCAUUGAUGAUACAUGUAUCCUUUGAAUAACAAAAAACUUGGUCUUAGUUGAGUUAUUAUAUAAACAUUAGCGCAUUAUUCCAUAUGUGGUGCCGGCAAUACUAAACAAAAAUACAAUUGCAUUAAUGUACUAUAUUUUUGUGCGGUUUUGUAUAAACUGAGAAAAUUUUAAUUUAAUUUAACGAGUUUGUUAGGGUGACAUUUACAUCAAUAACAGGUGGAAGAAACAGGGCUUGAGUCCCAGUUGAGAUCAACCAUCUAAAGUCUAGUUUUUUGUAUAAAACGGGUUUUUUCGCCUUCACCAAAAGAUAGACAUUCAUCUCACAAAUGUUGCAAUUCAGAAAACAGCACCCGACUACGAUCCUGAAAAGGUGGGGACGUGAAACAUAUCUUCGUUUGGAUGAUUUUCAGAUUUGUUUAUAACUUAACAAAUUUUAUUCAUUGUUCAUUGAUACUGCAGGGUUGCAAAUGGUCUCCACUACGACUUAGAAAGUACCUUACUGCCAAGCAUGGCUUGGAAGAGGUGGGAUUUUAAACCAUACAGCGAAUGUUCAAUCUAAUUGAAGAAGCUAAUAUUCUGUUCAUUGAGAAGAAGCUAAUAUUCUGUUCAUAAUGAUGGUAGUGUAGUGGUGAUAAUGAUGGUAGUGUAGUGGUGGUGGUGAUGAAGACAGUGAACCAAUAUGAUGGUGACGCUGGUUGUGGAAGUUGUUAUUGGUGAUGACAGAAAUUAUGAUAGUGAUGGUGGUGCAUGAAGAGGGUUUAUUAUAAACUGUGACAUAUGUUGUUUAUGACAUUUUGAGUUUUCUAUUUAGGUGGAAAAUCUGUUUCGCCUGAUUGAUGAGAUCAUAAUAACAAGUUUGCAAGCGGUACAGAAAAUUCUCAUAAAUGAUAAACAUUGUUUUGAACUGUAUCCUUUGCCAAGGCAGUUUGAUAUCAUGAAUUGAAUUGACCAUUUGCGUAAUAGACUAAAUUUUGAACUCAACAAGUCUAGACAAAAAUUUCAUCACAGCUUGAAGGAGCAUCACAAAAUUAGUAAUAUUCCAAAGUUUCGUUGCAAAAUGUAGUAAAAUGCGGAAAAUAUAGCCUUGCGAAGUUUGCAAUUUUCAGUCAUUUUAGAUUACAAACGGGAAAUUGACAGCCUCAAACCCUUCGAGGCUGUCAAUUUCCGGUUUGUAAUCUAAAAUGACUGAAAAUUGCAAAUUUCGCAAGGCUAUAUUUUCCGCAUUUUACAACAUUUUGCAACGAAACUUUGGAAUAUUACUAAUUUUGUGAUGUUCUUUCAAGCUGUAUUGAAAUUUUUGUUGAGAUCAAAAUUUAGUGUAUUACGCAAAUGGUCAAUUGAAUUGAAACAUAAAUUUGCAUGUGUUGCUAUAUAUUUGUUUUAACAAAUGCCCAGAUAUGGUUAUGAUAUUUUAGUGGACGAAAAUCUAAAACCGUAAGUGUGUGAUAAGCUAGACUGUCUAAAUUACGCAACUUUUUGUUACCGUCGUUUUUUUGGCUACUCGACCAAACAAAAGAUAAUAAUAUAUGUUUGUGAUGUUGUCUCUGAGUGUGUCCACACCGGGGAAAUUGAAAAGUUUGCUUGACCACCAGUCCAAUGCUCUACCAACUGAGCUACGAGGUCAAGUCGGUUCGAGUGCGUGAUAUUUCGGAACUCAGUCGAGUUCCUUCAAUAUCAGCAUGUUUCUACAAUCUUGAAUUUUACAAAGGUCACG